AUGUCAGAUAGGUAUACUCGUUUAGAAAAGUUAGGUGAAGGGACUUAUGCAACAGUUUAUAAAGGAAGGGAUCGCAGCACAAAUGAAAUAGUAGCUUUAAAAGAAAUACAUUUGGACACCGAAGAGGGUGCACCUUCAACUGCCAUUCGUGAAAUUUCUUUAAUGAAAGAGUUAAGACAUCCGAAUAUUGUAAAAUUACUGGAUGUUAUUCACACAGAAAAUAAGUUGAUGCUUGUUUUUGAAUUCAUGCAUCAAGAUCUUAAAAAAUAUAUGGAUACUAAUGGAAUAAAUGGUGCAUUGGAUCCAUUGACGAUUAAACGAUUCAUGUAUCAAAUGUUAUUAGGGAUAGAUUUUUGUCAUGACAAUAGGGUUUUACAUCGUGAUCUAAAACCUCAAAAUCUUUUAAUAAAAGAUAAUGGAAAUCUUUUAAAAUUAGCAGAUUUUGGUUUAGCAAGAGCUUUUGGAAUCCCAGUCACGACUUUUUCAAAUGAAGUUGUAACACUAUGGUAUCGUUCACCAGAUGUACUAUUAGGUUCACGCACCUAUUCUACCUCAAUUGAUAUAUGGUCAGCCGGUUGUAUUAUGGCAGAAAUGUAUACUGGUCGACCUUUAUUUCCAGGCACAACAAAUGAUGAUCAAUUGGUAAAAAUUUUCAAGACAAUGGGCACACCACCGGAAUCUAUUUGGAAAGGUUUGAUAACUUAUCCUGAGCAUUUGAAACGGUAUCCUAAUUAUUCGCCACAAGAUUUAAAAAAAAUGAUUCCAAUGAUUGAUAAUGUUGGAUUGGAUUUAUUAAGUAAAAUGUUAGUUUAUGAUCCUGAUCAAAGAAUCACAGCAAAAAAUGCUUUAAAUCAUAUUUAUUUUACAAUUCCUACCACUAAUAAUAUGGGAUUUACCAAUCCAAAUGGUGUUGGCGGUGGUAUACCUUUACAACUGAAUACAAUGCCGCCACCACACGCACAUGGCGUAAAUGUGAAUAUGCAGUCGAUCAACCUACAAAAUUUGCAACUACUAUCGUCAGCAGCAGGUGUUAACAUGUCAACAGCAAUACCUUUACAACAACAAAAUGUUAUUCGACCAAUCAUGACUGUACCUCCGCCUCAAAUUAUCCCAGCUCCAUCAAUGGUUCCAGUACACCAAUUGUUAAAUCCUCCACCUAAUACUGUAGGAUCUUUUGGAGAUGUGAUACCGUUUCUUAAUCUUGGGAUAGGACUUCGACAACGUGGACAUAAUGUAAUAAUAGCAACUACAUCAAUUUAUCGUAGAUUUGUUCUAGAAAGAGGAUUUGAAUUUCGCACAAUUGGUUGGGAUUUAAUUGAUUAUAUUGAAAACAAUAAUGAAUUGAGUAACAAUAAAAUAUUCAAAUUUCCUGGAUCAUCAAUUGCAUUCAAUUUCUUGAAACAAGGUUUACAAAGAAACAAUUAUGAAGAUGCAGAAAGAAUGUUGAAUAAGAUUGAGUUUGUUAUUCUUGGAAUUGGUUCAAUGUACAUGUACCCUGAGUGUAUUAUAAGAGAUAUUCGUAUAGCAUAUAUUUGUACUUAUCCCUGGUCAAGUGCACCAAAGAUUACAGAAGAUAUUUAUUCAUUUGAUUCAUUACAAUGGAUCCCAUUUCAAUUAAAUUUUAAAAUGCGGAAGACAUUUGAUUAUCUUGUUACAGUUUGGUCUGAUAUGGAAAAUUUACCAAUCUAUAACCAAAAACUUUUAGAACUUGGACUUAAAUCUGUAGAAAAAGUUCCAUGGUCAUCAGGUGGUUCAAUUGAAACCAAUCAAAUACCAGUAAUACAUAUUUCAAAUAGACAUUUAAUUAAAAUACCACUAAAUCCUAAAAAUAUAAAUGAAACGCAAAUCGAUUAUCCAUAUCUAAAAUACGAAAAUGAAUUGGAUAUAUUUGAAGCAGAUCCUGAUUUAGAUAAAUUUCUAAAUGAGGGUAGAAAGCCAAUAUAUUUUGGAUAUGGAACAAAUAAUAAUGAUUUUGUGGAUGAAAUAGAAAGGAUCAGACUUUGGUUGGAAGUUAUGCAAAAAUUACCCGAAAACCAAAGAGCCAUAUUUUGUGAUGUUGGAGAUGUUGAUAUUCAAGAAUUAAAUGAUGAAAUAUUAAACGGUAGAAUAUUUAUUUUAAAUUAUUAUGUCCCACAUUCGUGGUUAUUUCCACAAUUAUCAUGUGUGGUAUUUCAUGGUGGCAUAGGUACAACUCAUUCUGUCAUAAGAGCAGGCGUACCUUCACUAAUAGUAUACAACUAUCCUGAACAAUCAUGGUGGGCAUCCAUACUAUAUCGUCACGGUUUAACUUCUAAUGCGGGAUUUCAUGUAAAUACAGUGGAUUCAGAUAAAAUCUACGAAUCACUACUUGAUGUGUUAACAGAUAUUGACCUGAAAAAAAGAUGUGAAUCUCUCGGUAUGAGAUUAAAUAGAAAGUUGAAUAAAAUAGAUGGCGUAACUAAGAUUUUAAAUUUUAUAGAAGGUUACUGGGACAAAACAAAUUGGGAUGAUUUAGAUUUAAAUAAGAAUCACCAUCUUCAUAGUGAUGAUGAUUCUAAUGAUAAUGGUACUAUUACUCCUAAUAGUACAAGAAUUUUGAAACACCUCUGA